AUGGUUGUCUCAGACAAUAGUAAAUUUGACUUCAUCAUCGUUGGUGGUGGCACCGCCGGCAACCUUGUUGCUGGCCGCCUGGCGGACUGUCCCAAUGCUAGAAUUCUAGUCGUCGAAGCUGGUGUUGCCAACGCCAAAGACAUCGACGAGAUCAGAACGCCCUGCGAGGCUAUGGACCUCCGAAACAGCAAAUAUGACUGGGCUUACAAAACAACCAUGGUCAAGCGAGACGACUAUGAGCGCAUCGAGAAGCCUAAUACCCGCGGCAAGGCUCUUGGUGGUAGUUCAUCUCUGAACUAUUUUACUUGGGUUCCCGGAUCCAAAGGCACCUAUGAUAUGUGGGAGGAAUUUGGUGGAAAAGAAUGGACUUGGGACCAUCUUCUCCCGUAUCUGCGGAAGCCCGCCACUUAUCACGAUGAUGAAAAAGCGUACUCAGAGGACUUGAAGAAGAUUGGCACAUCUGGACCUAUUCCCAUUGCUCACUCCGAGCUCAUUCCUGAGAUGCAGCCUUUCCGUGAUCUUCUGACCAAGGCGUGGAAGUCCACUGGCCAGCCGGUCACGGAGAACGUCUUUGAUGGCCACAUGAAUGGUCUCACGUACAGUGUCAAUACGAUCUACAAGGGUCGACGAUCUGGAAGCUUCCUUUGUGUUGCCGACAAGCCAAAUGUCACCAUUCUAGGCGAGGCUCACGCGAAAACACUUAUUAUCGAUGAUGAUCGCACGUGCAAGGGCGUGGUUGUUAUCCUCCCUUCCGGAGAGGAGCUGAAACUAUAUGCCACACGAGAAGUCAUCGUCUCGGAGGGUGUCUUUGAGAGUCCCAAAUUGUUGAUGCUUAGUGGUAUUGGACCUGCAGCAGAGUUGAAGAAGCACAAUAUUCCUGUGAUCGUUGACUCGCGCCAUGUUGGUCAACACCUCCUAGAUCACCCUGGUGUUCCAUUCGUUCUUCGUGUCAAGGACGGCUACGGCAUGGAUGAUUAUAUCCUUCGCAAGGGAACACCGCAUCAUAAGAAGGCCCUUCAAGCUUAUAGCAACGGCCAUGGAGGUCCAAUGGGCUCUGGAUUCCUCGAGAUGGUGGGAUUCCCUCGAAUCGACAAGUACUUGGAAAAAUGCCCCGAAUACCGGGAAGCCAAGGCGUCGAAUGGAAAUAAGGAUCCAUUCUGCCCCUACGGCCAGCCCCAUUUCGAGCUGGACUUCGUCUGUCUUUUUGGCAGUGCGUUCCAGUGGCAUUAUCCGACUCCAAGCAAGGGAAACUAUAUCACUGUGAUGGUUGAUAUUGUCCGCCCGAUUUCUGAUCCCGGAGAAGUUACACUGCACAGUGCCGACCCGCUCCAGCAGGCGAAAAUUAACCUGAACUACUUCAACAACGAUCUUGAUAUCAUCGCUGUUCGCGAGGGCAUUAGAUUCAGCUAUGAUGUCUUGAAGAACGGAGAUGGAUUCAAGGACAUCAUUGAGGAUGAGUAUCCGUGGGAGAUGCCCCUUCACGACGACGCUCUCAUGAAAAGGACUGUCUUGGACCGUUGCCAGACUUCGUUCCACCCUUGUGGAACUACCCGGCUUUCCAAGAGUAUCGAACAAGGUGUGGUGGACCCUAAUCUCAAGGUUCACGGAGUAAAGAACCUGCGGGUCAUUGAUGCUUCCGUGAUUCCUGUCAUUCCCGAUUGUCGGAUCCAGAACUCAGUCUACAUGGUAGCCGAGAAGGGCGCCGAUGCUAUCAAGCGCGACCAUGUGGACUUUUACAAAUAG